CUUGACACUAUCUCGAGCUACUAGAAGGACAGGGAAGAAAUGGCUGAUACCAUAGCUGACACAAGAAGGCUCUUCACCAAGCCUCAGAACUUAAAUGACGCUUAUGGACCUCCGAGUAACUUUCUAGAGAUUGACGUGAGCAACCCUGAGACCGUCGGGGUUGGCAGGGCCAGAUACACCACGUAUGAAGUCAGACUGAAGACCAACCUUCCCAUCUUCAAGCUGAAGGAGUCUUGCGUACGGAGGCGGUACAGCGACUUUGAGUGGCUCAGAACGGAGCUGGAGAGGGAGAGCAAGGUGGUUGUCCCACCUCUCCCGGGAAAAGCUCUUUUCCGGCAGCUUCCGUUUCGAGGGGAUGAUGGGAUAUUUGAUGACUCUUUCAUUGAGGAGCGGAGACAGGCUCUGGAGCAGUUUCUCAACAAAGUGGCAGGUCACCCUCUAGCUCAGAACGAACGAUGCCUGCACAUGUUCCUACAGGACGAGUUUGUGGACAAGAACUACACCCCAUCCAAAAUCAGACAAGCCUGAAAGAAAACACAGCUCUGCUCGGCCUGGCUUGGCUCAGCCUUGCUUGGCCCGACAACCCAAAGCUCUCUUCACUGCUCCAGGUUUCUCUCAGACAAUAAACAUUUCAAUGACAACUUCCCCUCCCCGUGCCCCCCCCCCCCCCCCCCCCCCCCCCCCCCCCCCCCCCCCCAAAUAUUAUUGUUCACUGCCUCUUUUAGUUUAAUUAGUGACCCUGAUCGGUGUUUGUUUUCACUUUCUAAUUGGAGUCAAGAAUGUUGGACACAUAAAUGUGGUUGAAAGUAAUUUAUAGUAAUUUCUCUUUAUGUCUGGAAAUGCCACUAACAUGGAUAUAUUAUGUAUUUAUCAUUUAGCUAUGUCUUGAAUAUAUUCAUUUAUAUAGCAACAUUGAAUGAGCGUUCUAUGUAUGCAAAGCUCUUGUAAAGACCCACAGCGUUUCCCAUUAUAUACUAUAUAUCCAGUACUGGCAUGUUGCGCACGAUACCUAGCAACUAAACACACACACAUACACACAUAUAUAUAUAUAUAUUUGAUGGGCCUCAACUUUCAAAUCACACUUAGUUGAUCCUCUCUUCAAAAGGAAGCACGUGUGUGCAUCGACCAGCACCUGCCCAGUUAUCACGAUGAUUUUCUAGUAAGACAGAAGUAAUUUACACAGAGGGAACUGCAGUAUUUCUACUGGCUAUAUGCAUUUUGAGAUUUGUAUACUGCUGUGCCAUUUUUGUUUAUUUUGAAGAUUUUCCAAUAAAAUAGGUGAAAUGUCUCCACGCAUAAA